GUGAAUGGUGUAGGGUUGAACUUGUCAAAACUGUCGUCAUAUUCAAUAAGGAACCAGAGGAAAAGAAAUCAAAUUCAGGGGCUGUGAAGUUGAUGACUGAAGCAAAAACCAAGGAGCGGCGAGGGUUUGUUUUCCACGUGGUAAAAACUCCAACAAGUCUCUAGAACCGACUUCCAAAAACCCUAAACCUUCAUCUCUUGCCGCUCUAUAUAACCCCAAUCACCACCCCUUCCUCUCAAACCUAGUCUUCUCCAUUUCCUCCAAUGGCGUCCAGGUCGAUUCUCAAGGACGUCAAAGCCCCAAUCUAUUUACUUCUUCGCAAUCCAGCCUCAUCUGUUCCAUUAGCACAAUCCAUCCAAAAUCAUCUCCUUCCAUUUCCUAGACAAUCCGCAUCCGGAUUCCUUCGUGAGCUUGGUUUAAGCGAUCGGCCCCUACUGCCUAGGCAUUUUAAUUCUAGUUUUGAUGGCGGAUUUAGGAUUGAGGUCAGAGGAAAGCAGCAGCCGGUGAUCGAGGACAUAGAUGAACAGAGCGAGAGCGAGAGCGACCUCGAAGGCUCUGAUGGCUUCAAUGGUGAAGGUUGGGAGGAGCUUAGUGCUGACGAUUUCUCUGACGACGACGAUGCCGAGCCUCGGGAUGAUGAGCCUUAAUUGAUAUGUAUGCUGCUGUUUGAAUUUCAUUUUUAUUGAUAUCGUGUUAGUAAUUGAUGAUUUCCUUGGAUAUUUCGCUGUGAUCGUCUGAUGAUUGGUUUCUCUUCUUCCUACUGCGUUCUUCCGAGACUUUGAUUUCUUUUUUUUACGAAAAAUUUCAAGGAAAUAGUUUCGUUUUUC